AUGUCUGAGAUCCGUCCCGAAGAAAUCAAGCAGGCCUUUGCCCUCUUCGACCCCCAAAACACUGGCAGGAUCGAGCCCCAAGAAUUCCAAAAGCUCCUCAACGCAAAGUUCACGACCCUUGUCUCACGCUACAACAAAGACGAAUCAAAGGACCCCGAAGAGCCGUAUAUUCGUGUCUUCAAGUCUAUCAACCGUGAUGGGUCUGGACAUAUAUCUGCUCAAGAGUUGAGAGUCGCCUUGGAGUCCUUCCUUGGACCUAAUGUUCUCUCUGAGGGAGAUGUCUCCGGCGAUGGAAGAAUCACCCUCGAGGAAUUCCUUAAAAUCGUCCACAAGAGCGAGCAGAAGCACCGUGGCGAACAAGUCAUCUAA